CCGGUCGUCAAAAAUCUGCAUAAUACAUCUAUGGACAGACCUCAGGCCAAUUGCAACUUGGUCUAUCUUUGGACAGACAUUUGGCCAACGGACAGACAUGUAGGAGCUUCCGGAGGCCUAAGCCCUUCGCGUUAUUAUGUAAGUGAUCAGGAACUGUACGGCAAGUUUGUCCUAUUCACCCCUAUUCACCGUCGCCCCUUGAACACCCUCGCUGACUCUGGGUAUGAGUUUGACCUGACUAAUACCAGACAGGCACUGUCAGUCUCACGGUGACACGCAAUUUUUUCCGACAUCUGGACUCUGUUCAGUGUUUAGUCCUUGUAUCCCGACAUGCACCGCUGUCUUCGCCUCAAUGAGAUCCUCGAAAUAAUCUUUCGUUUUGUGUUGAAUAAUCAAUUCGAAGACCCAUGGGGUUUCAAUAGGCAUUUAUCGUAUGGACGUUCUAUAACGCCUGCAUUCCUACCGUAUUCGAGAGGUCAACGCUCGGUCCUCCAUCUCGCACUCACCUGCCGUGCUUUUCGUGAACCAGCACUCAAUGUCCUUUGGUCUUACCUGAAGGGCACCGGGCCUCUUAUUAAGUCCGAACUAGUUCUAUCAUGCGAGGCUUCCCCUGUCCGUGCGCACGCAGGAUUCCACCAAUUGGUCCUCCGCGCUGCACGUGUCCAGAUGCUCUACAUUAACGAUUCCUUGAAUAAUGACGCUGCAUACGCACUCUUCCUUGCAAACGCGCCACAGGACGGCUUUCUCUUUCCCAAGCUGGACUCACUCGCAUGGUACGACAGAAAUCUCACCUCCAUCCCUGCCCUCAACCUCCUCCUACCCACCCUCAAUUCCCUCUCCCUAGACAUCUCAGACGCAUCAUUUCGUAAGGCUGUCUUCCCUGGCCUCUGUACCGCUAUACCAAGCCUCAAAGCCCUUGACUUUGUCUCCCUCAAAGCCCUUGACUUUGUCUCGUUCCCCGUGACCGCAGAUAACUCCUCUGAAAUCAAGUUUGAAAUUGAGUCACUCCUGUUCAACUAUCCGGAGGGUCUCACAAAACUUUCUUUGAGAUGCUGUGACAUAUCAAAUGGCUUGCUUGAUGUUAUCGCUCCAUGGCCACACCUCACAUGGCUCGCCUUCCGGAUGGGCUCGAAAGGAAUCCCUAGUGCUCUCCGUGUGCCCCAGCCCUUUCAGGCACUCAAUACCCUGCUUAUCUCAUGCGAACAUCUGAGCCUUUUUGGAUCUUUCUUGCGAUCUGUUCUCAGGACGGAUUCUAAUCCAUGUUGCUUCGGAUUUCCCAGCCUCAAAAAAAUAACGACUGAUGCGCAUCAUUGCAGCCCAGCCAGCAUCUGGUCCGACAUCUUCAACUUUCUCAUCUACACAAAGUUAGAGCACAUGAGUCUCAUCGAGAGUUGUCAUGAUGAUCACUACCACAUACUUUCAUCCCUCGCCCUCCAUCCCCUCUUAGCACGCCCUGCUGCUCUCGCAGAUCUCGAGACCCUCGUCAUCCACACCACCAUCACAAUCCAAGACACUGACAUCGCCACGCUUGCUCGCGCAUGUCCACGCCUCCAGUUCAUUGACCUAGCAAUGUGUAACCCACCCAUAUCCCUGUAUGCCCUGGCUUACCUCGUGGGGCGGUGUCAUGAGCUGUACAACGUCGCGCUCUGCUUAGACGUGCGACUCGAUGCUCUCUGUGCGGCACCUCUGGAGGACGACGAUCAAGUUGUUCUACGACCAAACAUGUGCCUAACCAGUCUGCACGUUGGGGCGUCACCCAUCGCAGCCGCUGGCCCACUGGAUUCGCCGACUGCACCAGACCUGAUGAGGUCAAUCCCACGGUUCCUGCACAUGAUCGCACCAAAGCUUGUGAAAGUCAUGGUGUUGAUAGUCUGGCCGGAUUUUGGGCGGAAUCGUGAUCGGUUUUCCAAUUGGGAGAGGUGGGAUAAGGUGUCUCGAGUCUUGUCAGAGAUGGUGCAAAUGGAUAGUGACCGAUAGUUAAGGUUUUCUUCCGGAGGGGUGGUAAUGGGGGUUCUGGCAGUACCGGGUCAGCAGGGGGAUGUGUGCGCGUGAGGUGAAACAGUUUGGGUAUAGGGCGAGAUGGUUGUCAUACAUGUGGUAUUGCAGACACUCCGAGAUGCUGUUCU